AUGGCAUCAAACGCCCCUGAUGCCUUUGCCAUUGCAGCAAAUUUCCAAUUCGCAACAUGGGCCGCCGGCGCUGUCCCGAUUGCUUUGAUUCUUCAUAUUCUUCUUUUCAGAGGCAAUGGCAGUACUGCUGGAGGGUUGGGCCCUCUAUUCACUGUUUCCCUUGCGGCGGCGACGUUUCUUUGGCUGGGCGUGGUGUCUGAAAUUGUUCCCGAGCCGUAUCUCGAUGAAGUAUUUCAUAUUCCUCAAGCUCAGAAAUAUUGUAAAGGGAAAUUCUUAGAAUGGGACGACAAGAUCACAACUCCUCCAGGACUGUAUUCGUUAUCAAUCUUGAUCCCACAAGCAGCAAAGAGCAGCGGCCUCAUCGCCUCGUACACAUGUGAUCCCAAGACAUUGAGAGCCACCAACGCAAUCGGCGUCAUCAUUUUGAGUUACAUCGCCUUGCUGUGUCGGAAAGAAAUCGAAGCUCGUCUGCAUCAAGGCCAUUCGUCCGUCAGCAUCAAGGCUGUAUCUCAAUAUGCCAUGCACACAGCUUUUAACACUGCAUUGUUCCCUCUACUCUUCUUCUUUUCGGGCCUUUACUACACAGAUGUCAUCUCUACUGCUGUUGUCCUUGUGGCGUUUUUGAAUCAUCUGCAUCGAGUUGGGCGAGAUCACAGCUCGUUCCUGAGCGACAUCGUCACCAUUGUCCUUGGAUUAUGGACCCUCACCAUGAGGCAGACAAACGUCUUCUGGGUUGUCGUCUUUAUGGGAGGGCUAGAAGCUGUGCAUUCCGUCAAGAGUUUGCGACCAAAGUCUGUUACUCAGCCGUCUAUGACGACGUUAUCGGAGCAGUUGCUGUUCUUCAUCAAGAGGUGGUCGGUUGGACAUGUGCAUGACUUGCCACUGCACAUGGCAUAUCCCAAAGAUGUGCUAUUCACCGCCGUGAGUCUCAUAAUAGCAGCCCUCUGCAACCCCAUCCGAGUCGCAAGGCAAAUAUGGCCCUAUGUCACCGUCUUGGCCGCCUUUGCGGGAUUCGUAGCAUGGAACGGCGGCGUUGUCCUCGGCGACAAAUCUAACCACGUCGCCACCAUCCAUCUCCCUCAGAUGCUCUACAUCUGGGCGUUUUUCGGCUUCUUCUCACUCCCGCUCUUCGUCCCAUAUGUGGUGUUGUGGGUGGAUGCCUUGCGAAGUGUCUUCAGAUCAGGCUCUGCAUCUCCAAAGCCAAGCACAGAAACAUCAGAUGCCUCUUCAAACUCGACCUCUCAUCCCGCGCCCUCACUCCCGCUGAGGUUCUCCAGUGCCAUUUUCAACAAUCGUCUGCUUUGGCCACUAUAUCUAAUCGCAACAUUCAUCCUGUCCACUCUCGUCGUCCGCUUCAACACCAUCAUUCAUCCAUUCACUCUCGCCGACAACCGCCACUACAUGUUUUACGUCUUUAGAUACACCAUCCGCCGCGCCCCUUGGAUCCGCUACUUUCUCAUUCUUCCUUAUACACUCAGCCGCUGGUUUGUCUGGGGCACUCUCUCCGGCUGCACGAACUGGAUCUCUGAUUCUCACAAAGACGAUUGCUCAGCAUACUAUCAUUCAUCUCGCCCAUCGCCCUUUAGCUGCGAUCCAUUUGUGAAAGUAGGAGCCACCAAAGGUGAAUCUCAAGACGCGCACGCACAGACACAGAAAGAACUGCAACAGCGAUUCCUUCAGGACCCUCUCCUGUUCUCAACAGAGCCUGUAUCGACAUCCACAGGACUCAUCUUUCUAAUAGCCGCCACCCUGUCACUCAUCACAGCACCGCUUGUCGAGCCCCGCUACUUUAUCAUUCCCUGGGUCAUCUGGAGGCUCCUCGUCCCCGCUUGGAGGUUGCACGACCACCAAACGGCGGCGAAUGGUUUGUUCGAUGGCGUCACUCCAACGACCAUAUGGGGCAGGUUUGUGACUUUUUGUCGCUUUUAUGAUGUGAGGCUUAUUCUCGAGACGAUUUGGUUCAUUGCCAUCAAUCUCGUCACUGGAUACAUAUUCCUCACCAAGCCGUAUGUUUGGAAGGCUGAGGACGGAACGAUCCUUGAUGAGGGAAGAUUACAGCGAUUCAUGUGGUGA